CAUUCGUGGCCUCGGCUGUCAAUCACUGGGUCCCGGCUGGUGAUUACUCAGGGAUCGCCGAGUAAUACCGACGGGGGGAGAAAACUGUAUGUAAUGAAUACAGUUCUCUCCCCUGUCAGCUCCAGCACACUGCUUUGUAUGGCUCUGCAUAGCAGAGCCAGUGGAAAGCACAGACACAGCCCCAUAGUAAAACACACACAGCACACAGUUAACCCUUUGAUCACCCCAGAUGUUAAACCCUUCCUGCCCAGUGCCAUUAGUACAGUGUCAGUGCUUUUUAUUAGCACUGAUCACUGUACUGGUGUCACUGGGGAUGUCAGUGACAUCAAGUCAGUUCCCCCCUAGUGUCAGAAUGCCCGCUGCAGUCCUGCAGUCCCGCUAUAAGUCGCUGA